CAGCCUGGGGGCGGGCUCAGGCCCGGCCCGCCGCGGAACCCAGGACAGAGGCUGCAUGCCCGAGGACCAGGCCGGCGCAGCCAUGGAGGAGGCAUCUCCUUAUUCCUUACUUGAUAUCUGCUUGAAUUUCCUGACUACUCACCUUGAGAAGUUCUGCUCAGCAAGACAAGAUGGAACAUUGUGUCUGCAGGAACCUGGAGUAUUCCCACAGGAGGUGGCUGAUCGGCUACUUCAGACCAUGGCUUUUCAUGGUCUCCUGAAUGAUGCAACUGUAGGUAUUUUUAGGGGCAACCAGAUGCGCUUAAAACGAGCUUGCAUUCGCAAAGCCAAGAUCUCUGCUGUUGCUUUCCGGAAAGCCUUCUGCCACCACAAGUUAGUGGAACUUGAUGCCACAGGUGUGAAUGCUGACAUCACAAUUACAGACAUCAUCAGUGGGCUUGGCAGUAACAAAUGGAUCCAGCAAAAUCUCCAGUGCCUCGUGCUGAACUCAUUAACUCUCUCUCUUGAAGAUCCUUAUGAGCGGUGCUUUAGCCGACUUUCUGGCCUUCGAGCAUUAAGCAUCACCAAUGUUCUCUUUUACAAUGAAGACCUGGCUGAAGUUGCCUCAUUGCCAAGAUUAGAGAGCCUGGAUAUUUCCAACACCUCGAUCACAGACAUCACGGCUCUGCUGGCCUGCAAAGACCGACUCAAGUCUCUAACCAUGCAUCACUUGAAAUGUUUAAAAAUGACAACUACCCAGAUACUGGAUGUUGUUCGAGAACUAAGACAUCUGAAUCAUCUUGAUAUUUCAGAUGAUAAACAGUUUACAUCGGACAUAGCUCUUCGAUUAUUAGAACAAAAGGACAUCCUGCCCAACCUCGUCUCCUUGGAUGUUUCUGGGAGGAAGCAUGUGACAGACAAAGCUGUUGAAGCUUUUAUUCAGCAACGGCCCAGCAUGCAGUUUGUAGGUUUGCUGGCCACUGAUGCUGGCUACUCUGAAUUCCUCACAGGCGAAGGACAUUUGAAGGUGUCUGGAGAAGCCAAUGAAACUCAGAUUGCAGAAGCAUUGAAAAGGUACAGUGAACGGGCCUUCUUUGUCCGAGAAGCUCUGUUUCACCUUUUUAGCCUGACUCAUGUGAUGGAAAAAACAAAGCCAGAAAUUUUAAAGCUUGUGGUUACAGGGAUGAGAAACCACCCUAUGAAUUUGCCAGUGCAGCUUGCUGCAAGCGCCUGUGUAUUUAAUUUAACCAAGCAGGAUCUUGCUGCAGGAAUGCCUGUCCGACUCCUGGCCGAUGUGACCCAUUUGCUGCUCAAAGCCAUGGAACAUUUUCCCAACCACCAGCAGUUACAGAAGAAUUGCCUCCUUUCACUUUGCAGUGACCGAAUUCUUCAAGAUGUUCCAUUCAACAGGUUUGAAGCGGCCAAGCUUGUCAUGCAGUGGCUCUGCAACCAUGAGGAUCAAAACAUGCAGAGGAUGGCGGUUGCUAUUAUUUCCAUUCUGGCUGCCAAGCUUUCUACAGAACAGACAGCCCAGCUUGGUGCUGAGCUCUUCAUUGUCAGGCAACUUCUUCAAAUAGUGAAGCAGAAAACCAAUCAAAAUUCGGUGGACACUACUUUGAAGUUUACUUUGAGUGCACUUUGGAACCUCACAGAUGAAUCUCCAACCACUUGCAGACACUUUAUUGAAAAUCAAGGGUUAGAACUCUUCAUGAGGGUUCUAGAGUCAUUCCCAACUGAGUCAUCCAUUCAACAGAAAGUCCUAGGACUUUUGAACAAUAUAGCUGAAGUACAAGAAUUGCAUUCUGAAUUAAUGUGGAAGGAUUUUAUAGACCACAUCAGUAGUCUUCUACAUAGUGUUGAAGUGGAAGUCAGUUACUUUGCAGCUGGAAUUAUUGCCCACUUAAUAUCUAGAGGUGAACAAGCUUGGACAUUGAGUCGCAGCCAGAGGAAUUCGCUCCUGGAUGAUCUGCAUUCAGCUAUUUUGAAAUGGCCAACUCCAGAGUGUGAGAUGGUAGCCUACAGGUCCUUUAAUCCAUUUUUCCCAUUACUUGGCUGUUUUACAACACCUGGAGUCCAGCUAUGGGCAGUUUGGGCCAUGCAACAUGUCUGCAGCAAGAAUCCCUCAAGGUACUGCAGCAUGCUGAUUGAGGAAGGAGGCUUGCAGCAUUUAUACAACAUCAAAGAACACGAACAGACUGAUCCCCAUGUCCAGCAGAUUGCUGUGGCCAUUCUGGACAGCUUAGAAAAACACAUUAUACGCCAUGGGAGGCCACCUCCCUGUAAAAAGCAGUCUCAGGCCAGACUAAAUUGAUAGCCAUAGGACCUGGAACUCCAUUCAUUCAUUUCAUUAAAUUCCCACGCUAGGUGCUGUUUGGGCUUCCCUGGUGGCUCAGACAAUAAAGAAUCUGCCU